AUGGUGCUGCUCUCCGUCGCCACGGCGUUGUACCUGCGGCGCCUCGGCCGGCGGAAGGCCAUCCGCCUGCUCCUCGUCGUAUUCGUCCUCUUCAACCUCUUCGACGUGAUGCGCAUCCACCACAACCUGGCCCGCGAGCGCGAGUACGUGCCGCGCAAGUCCGGCGGUCGCCCGGGCGAGCGCGAGCGCGUCUACAUCGCCGGCAUGCACUUCAACAACGGGGCCAUCCUCAAGUCGCACUGGAACGCGGCGGUGCUGGAGCUGACGGAGCUCUUCGGGCCGGACAACGUCUUCGUCAGCGUGUACGAGAGCGGCAGCUGGGACGACACCAAGGAGGUGCUGCGCGACCUGGGCCGCCAGCUCGAGAGCCGCGGCGUGCCGCACCGCGUGGACAUUUCGGACGUGACGCACGCCGACGAGAUCCGCGCCGCCGGGGAAGGCGGGAGUGGUGAAGAGGGAUGGAUAGAGACGGCGAGGGCCAAGAGGGAGCUUCGGCGCAUCCCGUACCUGGCCAAGUUGCGGAACAAGACGUUGCAGGACUUGUUUGAUUUAUACAAAAAGGGGGUCACGUUUGACAAGAUUCUGUUCCUGAAUGAUGUCGUGUUUACGACGGAUGAUGUCAUCACGUUGAUGGACACAAAUGACGGCGCGUACGGUGCCGCGUGCUCGCUCGACUUUUCAAAGCCGCCGUUGUACUAUGACACCUUCGCGCUGCGCGACGCCGAGGGCAGCGCGCACAUCAUGCAGACCUGGCCGUACUUCAAGGCCCGGGCGUCGCGCUCGCCACUGGUCAACAACCACGACGCCGUCCCAGUGACGAGCUGCUGGAACGGCAUCGUCGUCAUGCCCGCGGACCCGUUCGUGUCGCCCACCAAGCUGCGCUUCCGCGGCAUCCCCGACUCGCUCGCGGGGCACCACCUCGAGGGCUCCGAGUGCUGCCUCAUCCACGCCGAUAACCCGCUGUCGCGCACGCUCGGCGUCUUCCUCAACCCGCGCGUGCGCGUCGGCUACAACCUGCCCGCCUACGAAGCCACCCACCCCGGCGCUGCCGCGGGGACGUCGGCAUCGUGGGUCCGCGCGGUCGACAUCUUCCUCGGCCUGUGGAUAAACCGCCUGCGCCGCUGGACGAGCGUCGUCUCGCUGGAGCGCUGGGUGGUACGCAAGCGCGUGGCGGCGUGGCAGAAGGAGGACAUGGCGCGGCACGAGCCGGGCGUGUUUUGCCUGAUUAACGAGAUGCAGGUCCUGGCGGAGAACGGAUGGGCUCAUGUGUGA